GCAGACUCUGUGGUCUCCCUGCGACGUGAUUGGCUGCUCCUGUCUGCUAGCUUAGCGGGUGUGGAGGGCUUCAUUUAAAAAACUACACUCGUGUUCGUGUGCGUCAAACUAUUGAGAAGUUUCUCAGACUCACAGCAGCCUGUUGGUGUUUUUUACUUCACAGCUUCAGCAUGUCUUCAGACUUAAACACAGACUUGGAGCUGGAGUUGGACGAGUUGCUGCAGGAGUUCCAGGAUGUGGUGGAGGAGCUGAAGGCCCCGUCCCACAGUAGAGCUCAUGUGUACCAGCGGGUCCUGCACGAGGCGAAAAGCCGCACAGGGUUGGCGGAAGACAGCGGGGUGGAUGACUCAGACUACAGCAGUGAAGCUUCUUUGGGAAACAGUCUGAACACCAGCGAGGAGGAGCUUCACACAGCAGGCAUCAUGCUGGCACCAAAAGCCAAGCUAGGUGACACAAGGGAGCUCGAGAGUUUUAUCAACAUAUUGGACCAGGAACUUGCAGAGAUGUGAACAGAGGGGGAAAGUAAGCCAUACAUAUGACGGGGGGAAAAGGCUGAGGGCAACAUGGUCGAGCAGGCAGGCAGAUCUACACCAGAGCAGAUCUGAGGGGUGAAAACAGUCCCUUGACUGCUGCAAGGGGGAAAAGGUUACCAACAGAAAUUUAAAGGGCACUCCAAAAAAAAAUGCAAGAAUACCCUCAGACUCCUUGUCCGGCUUGCAAGGCAACGUCCCUACAGCAUCGGAUCCAAGAUGUGCGACUGACUCCCUCAACUAGCAAAGCCUCCAUCUGUCUGGGAAAAGAAAGAAAAUGCCGCCUGGAGUGUAGAAAGCAUGCUCAUGCCACAUUUGAAAUUCCCACAAGGACUAUGCCAGCAAAGGGCCCAAAAUCCUUGAGUGCCAUGUUUUUUUAUGGAGGCAGAUCUUUGUUUUUUUUUCAAACUGCAAAUGGCACUUUAGUUUCUAACUUAUUGCAAGUCUAAAGUUUUUAAAUUGGCUUGUAAGUUGAGGUCUCUGGUGUACAGUGUUUUUUAAAAUUCCUUUUUUUUUAUAUAUAUAUAAAUGGUUGUACAGAUAACAGCAAAUAUAAAUAAAGCAAACUUUUGUACCAUU